UAAAAAUGUCAUCCCCAAACUCCUUCCCAACCCCUCCUUCCAAAUCCACUAACCCCAAAACUCCCUUCCCCAACCCCCACUUUCCACCUCAAAAUCCCAAGUACGAACAAACCGCCACGCACAAAUAAACCUAACAAAGCAGAAACCUUGCAACAAGUUACUGGUAUUUUAGCUGAGAUUGGCCUGGACUUAACAACAGAGUUGAAGAAGGUAGUCAUAGAAGAGGUGGAUAAGUUUGCGACUGGGAAAAUAGAUUCAAAAGCUUCAGAGAAGAGACUGAAUGAGAGUCAAAAGAUGGGGAAUGAUACUGAUGAGGCGAAAUAAAAGGGAAGCUGAGCUUAAGAGACUGGUUAGUCAAGAUGUCCAAGCAAAUAUGCCACAAAAUCGGUUGAAAUUUCAAAAAGAAAGCCUUUACAAAGAAAUGAGACAAGAGUCUGAACGGAUAAUUCAGCAGAACAAGUUAUCCCCUCUUAAAAACAGUUCUUCUGCUUAUCAAGAAAGCCAAGAAAACUCAGGAUUGCCACCAGAGUCUCUAUAUAGUAGCAGCAAUGGGAGGAUUGUGUUGGCAGCACAACAAGCCAUAGAUCUUGCCAAGAAGAACCUCGAGGACACGAGUACUCUUCACAAGAAGCAGAUUAAGCUGUAUAAAUAAGUUGAUUCAGGCUCAAAAUCAGAAGGUAAAUGACUGGUAUAAGAGGAAAACCCGCAAGUCAAAGCAUAUUGACAUAAUCGGCAUAAUUGACAACCAGCCCAGGAUUGAUGGAGUAAUCAAGGAUUAUUAUCACGGCCGCACUAUGUUCAGCAAGACAGUGAAAAUGGAGAAUUCUUCUAAUAAGAAUAAAGGAGGGUUCUGGAAACUUGCUAACUUUACUGAAGACGAGUUCAAUGAGUUAUAUAACCUCACUGUCUUGACUCAGCCAGAGAACGAGGGAAACCAUCUGGAAAUGAGACUCAUUAGGAACAGGAAUGGCAGAGGAAUGGGGGAUGCGUUUCUAGAACGCAGAAAUAAAAUUUACAACCAGCAAAAUCUAGAUACAAAUACUGUAACAAUCAUAAGAGAGGUCGUAGUUAACCAUUAUGAGGAGAGUCCAGAUCUCAGGAGAUUUUUACCCAGACCGUCUAACUUCAGAGCUUAUCAGCAACAUUCGCAAUCAUUUUUGAUGGAAGUUUUUCAAAAUAGUGACUCAAGAAAGACUGAGUCAGGAUCAAUAAGCAACCAAAUGAGAUUCACAGAGACACAGCGCCUUCCACGCCAAAGGCACACAGCUAACCAUUUGAGACCUUCUGAAGAAUCAAAAGCAGGAGUAAAUCAGCCAAAUCUCCCUUUUUCAAGAUCUCCAACCAACAAAAUAGAGGAAGAGUCAAUGAUAACCUCUUCUGCAUCCUCUAUCUCAGCGAGUAAUGUUCCUGAGGACUCUGAGGUAUUAGAUUAUUCAGGCAGAAAGGGACGAAAACAUCGUAACAGAAGAUCAGCGAAACCUGAGAAAAAGUAUAAGCUCCAACUCAUGGUGGACAUCCAGCCUAUCAUCCCAGAGCUGGACGAAGGCUUCCCAGACGAUGACGGCUGGGCCUCUGACCCAGGCGAAGAAGAUAUUGAUAUUACAUAUUUCUAACCUGAUUUUAAUUUCUAAACCU